AUGGAGAUGUUCCUCAGAAAUCCGCGGUUUUUGGGCAUCCAGUUCCCGGAUGUGAGCCGUCCAGAGACGCUGGAGAAGCGUUACUUACGACGGAUGCCGAAGCUGCAGAUGCAGCUGCUGAAGGGCAUCCUUGUUAUGGAGCCCCGGCGGCGCCUAAGCGCCCGGGAAAUGCUGCGGAUGCCCUGGUUUGAGGGCAUCAAGCUUCCAAGAUCUCUGCGGCCUCCUUCGCAAACGCAGUCGCGUGGUGUGAGGCCUGAAUCGAGUGGCUCUGUGCCGGCAAUGUCCACGUCGCAGGCGGAGCGGUCGUUGCCAGAGCGGGCGCCACCGGUCGAACGGACAUCCGAAAGGACACCAGCAGAGCGCACGCCUGCUGAACGGAUGCCCGCCGAACGGAUGCCCGCUGAGCGCAUGCCCGCCGAGAGGAUGCCUGCCGAGAGGAUGCCUGCCGAGAGGAUACCAGCAGAGCGGAUGCCAGCAGAGCGGAUGCCUGCCGAACGGAUGCCUGCCGAGCGGAUGCCUGCCGAGCGGAUGCCUGCCGAGCGGAUGCCUGCCGAGCGCAUGCCAGCAGAGCGCAUGCCUGCCGAGCGGUUGCCAGCAGAGCGGAUGGCCGAGCGAUCAUCGCAGUCAGCGGCGCGAGCUGCACAGGCCACCGGCCCGCGUGGCUUCGAGAAUGUGCCAAUGAUGCAGCCGCCGCCGCAAGAGGCCUCGGCAACUCCAUCUUGGCACUACGAGCAACAGAUGCGCCUGGAGCAGUUGCUUUCCCAGCUCAUGCAGCAGGGGGAAGGUGGCGGAAGUGCCAGUUUUCCGGCUGGGCCAGGCAGUGUUUUCAUCCAUUCAUUGUGCAGCCUUGCGUUCACCUACGCAUUCGUCCGAGGCGUCAUCCGCACCAAGCGCACCAACAGCCGCACCAGUCUCAUCCGUCUCAUCAGCCAGUACCUGGCGAUCGCAGGCACGACCAAGAUGGAUGCAGUUGUUGCAGGAUGCUUCUUGAAAAGUGUGGUUGAGAGCCGGACCCUUGAGGACGCACCAAUACAGGCUGCCAUGGGAGGCGUCAUCCGCACCAAGCGCACCAACAGCCGCACCAGUCUCAUCCGUCUCAUCAGCCAGUACCUGGCGAUCGCAGGACGCACCAAUACAGGCUGCCAUGGGAGGAAACGAUGGCACAUCCCGAAGAAGCGACCACUAGCGACUAUGGGCCACCGCCGCCCCAGUACACCAGCGACAUGGGGGAGGACAAGAGCCUCGCGGACGGCCGCCGCUCGCGGCAAAACCGGCGCCAGGUCCAGGAGGACUGGAUGGAUCGGGCACCAGGCCCAGAUACUCGAGGAACGCCAAGCGCCGCAGAGCGUGAGCGACCUGUCCUUGGAGCGGGAAGAUGGGCCCACCAUGGCCAGAAACCUGCGUUUGCGUGACCCACCGUUUAUUUCGCUUGCCCCGAGGCUCAGGGCAGCAGAGCUGUGGCUCCUCAGCAUGGGCCAAGUGGUGUAUAUUCCACCGGCCACAACCACGCAGCAUUUGGACAUGCCACCUCCAGCCUGCUGUCAGGCGGCUCUGCCAGUGGCUGCAGUGGAGGGGUUGGUCUUUGCCUGGCGCCAGGAGCAGGAGUCGGCUCCAUUGGCGGUGGUUCAGGUUGCAGCGGAAGUGCUGUGCGGGCUGCUGAGAAGCAUGUGUCCGCCGGAACUGGUGGUUCAGAGGAAUGGCCUUCGACUCAAGCCAGGAAUGCCCGAGCGCUUCGUGAAAAUGAUUACGAUGACGAGAAGGAAGAAGGCAGGCCGAAAUCAGGCUCCGCUUGGGUGUGCCCAGCGCGCUACGGACCUCUACCACGGGCACUGA